CGAAUUCCGUCUGCCGUCUGGUCCAGCCGCGAGAUAAAGAAUCCUAUCUUUUCGCAUUUAAAUAUUUCCGAUAAGGAUUUUCAAAUAUUUUGUGUUAACAAGUGUUAACGGUAAUUUAACAAAACAGAUCAUGUCUGAGGAGAAAAGGAUUGAUAUCACUCAGCCUUUAUGGGACCAGAGCACAUUUGCGGGCAGAUUCAGGCAUUUUGCUUUCAUCUCCAACCCUUUGCUGUCAUUGGUGCCAGAGAAAGAACUUUAUGAGGCAAAGGAUUUGUAUUUGAAAUAUAAAGAAGGCAAAGAACCAGCAGGGACCCCUCUAUCUCAAGUGGUACGAGCCAAACAGCUGUACGAGUCAGCCUUCCACCCGGAUAGCGGGGAGCUGCAGAAUGUGUUUGGCAGAAUGUCCUUCCAGAUGCCUGGAGGCUGUCUCAUCACUGGCGCCAUGUUACAGUGGUAUAGAACAACAACAGCGGUAGUGUUCUGGCAGUGGGUCAACCAGUCGUUCAACGCAUUGGUGAACUACACCAACCGCAACGCCGCGUCUCCCCUAAGCACCACGCAGAUGGGCGUGGCCUACGUGUCAGCCACCACGGCAGCCAUGGCCACCGCCUUCACAUUCAAGUUCGGGAUACAGAAACGUGCCACCAGCCCUAUUUUGGCGAGAUUCGUACCGUUUGCUGCGGUUGCAGCCGCGAACUGGGUCAACAUUCCACUAAUGAGGCAAAACGAAAUACUAUUAGGUUUAGAUGUAACUGACGAAAAUGGUAAAAUAAUAGGAAAAUCACAACUCGCUCCCGUCAAAGGAAUAUCACAAGUGGUCACUUCUAGGAUAGUGAUGUGCGCGCCAGGUAUGUUACUACUACCGUUUAUAAUGGAGAGGUUGGAACCCAAGGCUUGGAUGCAGAAAAUCAAGUGGGCGCACAUAGGCAUACAGACAGGCUUCGUCGGUAUUUGUCUCACAUUCAUGGUGCCAACAGCUUGUGCAUUAUUCCCACAAAAAUGUAAACUGUCAAUCGAAACGAUAAAACGUUUCGAGAAGGACCGGUACGAGGAAAUAUUGAAGAAUACGGACGGCAAGCCGCCUGAAUACGUCUACUUCAACAAGGGAUUGUAAAUACUGUGUAAAUUAGUGUAGUUUUAAGUAAACAAUCAAUUGUAGUUCGAUAGUCAAGUCCAUUAAUAGUAUAAGAGAAUAUCGCAACCCUAGAUCGAAACUGUUUUAACUCAAAACACACUUUUCAGAAACUUAAAAAAAUCUGAAUUUUUAUAAUUUACAUAAUAUCAUACAAAAUCAAUGAGAAGGAAUUAUUUUGCUUUAAAUGUUACAUAAAGCAUAGUUGCUAUAGUUUUCCCGUUAUAUUUUCCUGUAGAUAAACGAGUCUAUGGUCAGAAACAGAGGGUUUAUCUAGAAGGCCAGUUUUUGAGUUGAAACAGUUCUGAUCUGAACGCUGUGUUACGAAAGUUAGUAUUGACUGUAUCUAAUUAAAGUAUUUAUUAUUGAAUCUAUUAUUAUAAAAUGAAAAUCGAAACCAAUUAAGUAUCAUUAUGCAAUAUUAAUUAAUUGAACAGUAUUUUGUGAAUCAUAAUUAAUUAUAAUUGACUGUGACUCUAAAAUCAGGUUAUGUUACCGUGCAUUUACAUAUUCGUCCUCACGUUCGAAUCGCCACUCGCCUUUAAGCGAGUUGCUUUGGUCGGUUUGGAUAACCGACCAAAACGACUACAAAGCGGGAAUGUCAGCCGCGCAGCCUCCUACGAUAGUUUAAUGACGCCAUGCACAUCUACGCGACUACAACAGUCGCGUACGCGAAUCUGUAGUCGCGACUGUUGUAGUCGCGUAGGCGUACACGUAUAGAUUCGCGUCGUGUCGUGACACUCGCAUCGCGUCCCGCAUCACAAGUUUAUGAUACGCAGGUGUGGCCAUAGCUUUAAUGCCAUUAACUAGCAAUGGUUGCUCACGCAUAUUGCUACUUCGCGAUUGCGAGACGAGACGAAUAUGUAAAUGCACUGUUAUAUUUUCUAUAUAUCUUUGCGCAUUUACAAUAGGUAAUUAUUUACUACCGUCAUUCUCAAACAUUCUUUAUUUUGAAGCUG